AUGAGCGACUUUGUCUUUGAGCUCUCCCUAUCAGCUACGGACUUUGCUCCUGAACAAACUUGGGGAGACCGAAUUGAAGAUCGUGGAGCUCAAGUCACCUUCUCGGCACUUGGACAACAAGCACCGGUCAGAGAGAAAGAACACUGGGACCCGGAUUUCGCUAAACGCAAAGUCAUUCAAGCCGACCUUCGAACACGUCUGCCGGGAUUGUCCAUCAACAUGGGCGGAGCCACAUCGAUCGAUAUUACCAGGAAAGGAGUGGACAAGGGUUAUGGAUUGAAGAAGCUGCGCGAUACUAGUGGCAUCCCUCUCGAGCAGAUGAUGUUUAUCGGUGAUGCCCUUUUUUCGGGUGGAAACGAUUACCCAGCUAAGGAGAUCGGACUGGAAACAAUCAGGGUGAAAAACUUGGAUGGUACACUUGCUGCUAUCGCUGCGAUCGUGGCUUGCCUCAAAUAG